AUGAUCAAAGGACCUUGUCCCUCGUCAGAGCUAGCAGCCUUGAAAUACGUCGCUGAGCACACGUCGAUUCCUGUUCCUAAAGACUUCAACGCCCACUAUUACGAUGAUAAUCUCUAUAUUGAAAUGGAGUAUGUUCGUGGAAUGAACCUCGAGACAGCGUUUUACCGCAAUCACCUGUCGCAAGAACAGACGAAAUAUAUCGUCGCUGAGGUUGCGGGCUACAUCAGUCAGCUUCGGAAACUAGAACCUCCGCGAGAAGGGAUAGUUGCAUCGGCAACCCACGACGAGGUCAUGGAUCACCGUAUCGGAUCUGAUACUUUCGGGCCUUUCUCCAGUCACGAUGGUUUUCACUCAUACAUUCGAGCGGGCGUCUCGAUCGAGAACUGCGCCAAAUCGAUCGGCCCAGAGGUCACUGAAUGCCACACCCGUCGUUAUCGAAGCUGUUUUGCCCACGCAGACCUCGCCCCUCGGAAUAUUAUGGUGGAUAAUGGGAAGGUCUCAGCAAUUGUUGAUUGGCAAUUUGGCGGCUGGUACCCCGAGUAUUGGGAGUAUACUAAGGCACACUACGGACCAAUAAAUCUGCCAGAGUGGUAUGAGGGAUUUGGAAAUGCUACGGAGAGAUAUGACGACGAGCUCACAGCGGAACGAACUUUUGUAGUUGAUGCUGGGCGUAGACUCGGUGCUUUGCAGGCGCUAGCGGCUGAUCCGCCAAAGCAGGCGAGAAGGAACGUUUACCGUUUGAGGUUCGUUCAGAAGUAUCUGGAGAGUCAGGGUGAGAUCAGUUCCUUGACCGAAGAACUGGACCGAAGAACUGGACCGACGAACUGGACCGACGAACUGGACCGAAGAACUGGACCGACGAACUGGACCGACGAACUGGACCGACGAACUGGACCGACGAACUGGACCGACGAACUGGACCGACGAACUGGACCGACGAACUGGACCGACGAACUGGACCGACGAACUGGACCGACGAACUGGACCGACGAACUGGACCGACGAACUGGAGAGUAG